CGCGUUGCGGUCGCACAGCCAAGCUUCGGGGAAAGAAAAUGAACUCCGCGGUGGUUAUCGCGGCGCUAUGAGCCGUAAAUCCAAAUGUUUUGUCGUCGCUCGUGAGUGAAUAGAAAUCGAUUGGAUCGGUCGGGAUGGAGGUCAGCGCGUCCAGGAACGAGUCCGGGAUCGCAUCAGAGCUGUACUUCCUGAUCGCGAAAUUUUUGGCGGCGGGACCCUGCGCGGAAGCCGCGGCGGUGCUGAAGCGGGAAUUGGAGCAUGCCAAGACUUUGCCGUCGCGACUCGACUGGGAGGGCCACGUGCAUAAUCAAACGUUCGAGGAGUUGGAAAAAAAAUAUUCUCACAUUGGAUCCGAUCAUUUGUUGCAAAUAUGUGCCAGAAUUGGACCAGUGUUAGAGAGAGAAGUGCCGCCAUGUGUCCCUGGAGCGAUAUCGCUUUUGGGUGCAGGCAAACAAUCUUUGCUGCGUACCCACGAAGAUAUCACACGUUGCGUAUACAACAUUGUCGAUUUUUCCACAAGAUUUGGUGGAAAACCCCUUUUGGAAUUAUCUGGUAGCUUAUCAGUGCCUAAUAUAGUACGUGUACUUCAGGGACGUGAAAACUCUGGUCCUCUAAGUCGAAGACAGGCAAUACCGACAAAGUUUUACAGCAAGAUGAAUUUAUAUCGGCGUACACUGGGUCAUUUAUCCGCAGUGUAUUGUGUACUGUUUGAUCGCAGUGGUAAAUAUAUUAUAACUGGAGCGGACGAUUUGCUCGUCAAAGUCUGGAGUUCUGUUGAUGGACGUUUACUUGCCACUUUUCGAGGCCCGUCCGCCGAAAUUAUGGACAUUGCUGUAAAUUUUGAUAAUACUUUAUUGGCGGCGGGAAGUUUAGAUCGAGUAUUACGAGUUUGGUGUUUCCAGACGAUGUCGCCUGUGGCAGUUUUAAUGGGGCAUACAGGCAUGAUUACAUCCGUGAAUUUUUGUCCAAUAGAAUGUAAUGGUGUCUACUAUUUAGUUUCUACUAGUACUGAUGGAUCAGUGGCUUUCUGGUCUUACACAAAGAAAUUGAACGAAAGGGCAGUAUUUCAGACGAAACCUAUUCAAUAUCAUGAGAAAAUGAGACCCGGCCAAGCACAAAUGAUAUGUGCCUCUUUUAGUCCUGGAGGUGCAUUUAUGGCAGCUGGAUCUGCAGAUCAUCAUGUAAGAGUUUAUACAAUGUUAGGAGACGAAGGACCACGCCGAGUUCUCGAAGUAGAAUCGCAUUCCGAUACUGUAGACAGUAUUCAGUGGGCGCACAGUGGUUUAAAAUUCAUUUCUGGAUCUAAAGACGGUACUGCGAAUGUAUGGCAUUUUGAGCAACAGCAAUGGGUACAUAAACAGCUACUCAUGACGACAAAGCUUUCUGGGGAACCAGAAACAGAUGACGACACAAGCAAAAAAGCAAAAGUGACUAUGGUUUGUUGGGAUGUAAGCGAUGAAUAUGUUAUAACAGCAGUGAACGAUUACACAUUGAAAGUAUGGAAUGCUAAAUCUGGUGAACUAAUGAAAGUUUUGCGCGGACAUAAAGAUGAAGUAUUUGUGUUGGAAUCGCAUCCAAUAGAUUCUCGCUUGAUACUCAGUGCUGGUCAUGAUGGACAGCUUAUCAUUUGGGAUGUAUUAAACAUAGAAUCGAUAGCGUGUUUUCAAAAUUCUGUUGAAGGUCAAGGAAAUUGCGCUAUUUUCGAUGCAAAAUGGUCGCCUGAUGGUACAAUGCUCGCUGCAACAGAUUCUAAUGGACAUCUUUUGAUGUUCGGAUUUGGAUCUGGCGCUGGGAAAUUAAAAAUUAUACCAACAGAAUUAUUCUUUCAUACGGAUUAUCGGCCCUUGAUAAGAGAUGCAAAUAAUUAUGUUCUUGACGAACAAACACAAACUGCGCCACAUUUAAUGCCGCCACCGUUUUUAGUUGAUGUAGACGGAAACCCUUAUCCACCGGCACUACAGAGAUUAGUACCUGGAAGAGAAAACUGUAGGGGCGAACAAUUGGUACCAAAUAUUGCGGUUGGUGCUGGCGGGAUGCAAGAAGUUAUAGAAGGUCUUCCAGAGCAAGAACCAAGAUCGAACAUUGAUCGAUUGAUUGAGGCUCUUGCUCAGAGACAAAAUAUCAAUGCAGAUGGAGAAGCCGUUGGCGCUGGUGAUGAUAGAGAAAAUAACAUCGCAGAACAACCGAUUCGUCAAAUAGCGAGUCCCCGUGGUAGUAGAGCUGGUUUGAGAAGAGAAGGCAAUGUUGAAGGUGUCCGACAAAGUAGCGGUAAUUGGCAGAGGGAUAACACCACGCCGUGGAACAAACCUAUUCUCGCGCGUCCCAUGAAGUUAGCCAUUAAAGACACUCAAAUUAAGGCGGUUCACUCAAUGGCAGAGAUGGAAUUAGAAAACUGGCGGCGAGAAAUGCGACGGCGACCGCAGCCUACAUCGAGCACUGCCGUUAAUCAAGGCAAUAUAGGAAGUAGACUCGUAAAUCGCAAACGUAAUAGAACUACUAGACACGGUUAUAGAACCAGAGCAACACGUGGUGAAGAACAGGAGGAGGAAGAAUAUGAGAAUCCUGAUAAUACUGGCACGUCAGCGAGUUCAGCCAGCACUAAUAGCAAUGAUUCUACUGCUCAUGAGGAAGAUUUGUGUUCCGAUAGUACUACUACAGACUCGAGCACUGAAUAUUCAGAUUGGAUGGCAGAUCAUGGACUGAACUUAGAACCUCCUAAACGUAGCAAACGUAAACCUGUGAAAAAGCGAUCUGUUACACCACCGAGUGAUGUAGAUAGAAGACGCAGUAAACGUCCUAAGAAAAAGGGAGUACAAAUAGCUAAUGGUAAUUGCGAAGUUACUGAUAUUUACCGUCCUUCGGAAUGGCUUACCGAAGUAAUUCCAAGGAAAGCCCCUUAUUAUCCACAGAUGGGCGAUGAAAUAGUAUAUUUCAGACAAGGUCAAAAAUUCUAUUUAGAUGCAGUUAAGAAUAAAAAGAUUUAUGAGCUUAGUCCACGUUGCGAGCCAUGGACCAAAAUGAAUAUUAGAGCACAAGAGUUUGUAAAAGUAGUGGGUAUUAAAUAUGAAAUUAAACCGCCUCGUUUAUGUUGUUUGAAAUUAGCGUUGAUGGAUGAAGGUGGUCGACUUACUGGGCAGAAUUUCACCAUCAAAUAUCAUGAUAUGGCCGAUGUAUUAGAUUUCUUGGUGUUACGUCAAACUUUUGAUACGGCGUUGGCACGAAGUUGGUCUGAAGGCGAUAAGUUUCGUUGCAUGAUCGAGGAUGGUUGGUGGAUGGGACAAAUUGUUGGGGUGGAGCCGCUAGAUGAAGAAUUUCCGGAAUCAUUUUUUUUAUGUUUUCGCGUCAGAUGGGACAAUGGGGAAUAUGAACGUAUGAGUCCUUGGGAUCUCGAGCCCGUUGAUGAAGAUAGAAUCCCGCCGGUAAUCGGUGACGCGGUUCCCGUUUUGCCAGAAGAAAGACAAGCGAUAUUGUAUCAACCCCAUGCGGAAGAGUGGCCCAUGGGUGAUAGAGAAGCGACUUGUCGUCGAAUUAUACGAGGUUUGGAUCAGGUGAUGAGCCUCGCAAUUGCGGAACCAUUUGUGGUGCCAGUAGAUCUCAGUCUUUAUCCGACUUAUGCGUAUAUUGUUGAAUAUCCAAUCGAUUUAUCGACUAUAAAAGCUCGUUUUGAGAAUCAUUUCUACAGAAGAAUCACAUCAGCGCAAUUUGAUGUCAGAUAUUUGGCAACAAAUGCUGAGCAAUUCAAUGAACCUCACAGUCAUAUAGUGAAAAAGGCGAGAAUAGUCACUGACAUAUGUUUGCGCAUAAUAAAAUCACCUAUUGAUUUGGAUGUUCCGGCAGUAUAUCAUCAAUUGAAUGAUACAUAUCGUUCCUCUGAAUCAGAGACAGAGAUAGAAACCAACAAACCUUCAACGAGUAAACAGAGAUCUACAUCAAGUAGAAAUUUACGUUCUCAGCAAAUCUCACUAGACUGGAAAUUAGCUUGUCGUCAAUUAUUGGAAAGUUUAUGGCAAUGUGAAGAUUCAAUUCCUUUUAGAGAACCGGUUGAUAGAUUAGAACAUCCAGAAUAUUAUCAAAUAAUAGACACACCGAUGGAUUUGCGCACUGUUAAAGAGGAUUUAUUAGGUGGCAAUUACGAAACACCAGCGGAAUUUGCCAAAGACAUGAAAUUAAUAUUUACAAAUAGUAGAAAUUUUAAUACAAACAAACGUUCGAGAAUAUAUUCGAUGACAGUAAGAUUAUCGGCCAUGUUCGAAGAGCAUAUGCGUAGGAUAUUAUUAAAUUGGAAAUCAGCGCGUAGACGUAACGAUAAUGCGAAAGUAAAAGUAAAAGGAAAAGGAAAGCAAAAACGGAAAAGGAAAACGGAACGGAAGCACAAUUUAAGCAAUGGUACCGGAUCUAAGUCAAAAUCCGUUCCUAUUCCAAGCGACGAUGAGGAUGAAGAUGAGGAUGAUGUAAAUAGUGAUAACGAUGAUGAAGAAUCGGGUAAAGAUCAGAAAAAGAAAAAUUUUGAUAUAUCCGCACCUGGACCAUCACGGAUGACAAACGGUCAUACGAAACGAUCUUGCUCGUCUCGACCGACGUUGAAAUUACGGAUAUGCCGAUCGACUGUGUCCAAAAAGUCAAAGAACAGUGAUAGUGAUGUUAGUGAAUCAGAAGCAACGACAGAUACUGAAAGUAGUGAUAGUGCUCCUGUCCGACGAACUAGAGCAAGGACAGCGAUGCCCAAUGUUAGUGCUGAUACCGAUUCCGGGGACGAUUAUACGCUCAACGGUCGCGGUAAGCAAGUUCGCAAAAAUCGCGGCAGGAACAUUAAGAAUGGUAAACAAUCUAAAUCCAAAGUGAAAUCGAACGUUAUCGUGGACGAUGACGAUGACGACGAUGAAUACAUUGCGAAGAACAAAGCCAAUGAUAUUGAAGAGAAUAAGGAAGAUGAGGAACAAUUUGUCGAACCGGACUCCACGGAAGAAGAAAGCGAAGAGGAAAAAUUUAUCAGAAGAGAUACUAGAUCACGAAAAUUAGUAAUCGAGAACAAGGAAAACCAAAAAUAUACCGCUAAUAAUAGAAAGAACGAAAAUAGCGCGAGCGAAAGCGAAGAGGAUGAUGAAGAAGAACAAGAUGAAGAGGAAGAGGAAGAAGAAGAGGAAGAGGAGGAGGAAGAGAAACCAUUACAACAGGAGGCCAAUAAUCAAGAUUCUGAGGACAGUGAUUAUUCAUAUAAAGUACAAUUUAGAUCGUCGCGCUCCAGCCGUCGAAGACAGCGCGGUUCCAUAGACUCGGAGGAUACGAGGCAACAGUACAGUGGUAGUAGACGAUCGGGUCGAAAGCGUCCUCAUUAUAAGGAGGACAGUGACGAUAGUAAUGGAAUGCCAGUAAGAAAUCGACGCAAGAUUAAGCGCCGCUCUUAUGCUGAGGAGAGCGACGAAGAUAGCAUACAAGAGCCAGGCAUUAGUAUAAGUAGUAGAGGUCGUAUACGUAAAAUGACACCGCGCGCCCGUGCUUACCUUUUAGAAUCACCCUAACGACAUCUUCUAUGUUAGUAGAAGUCGUGUGUAUAUUAAAGAACUUAUUUCAGAAAAAUUCUGAUGAAGAUCGUAUCAUCUCGCGCAUUCUUAGAUUAAUAUGUUACAUUGCAAUCGAAAAAAAAAAAAUGUAAGAUACACUAACGCGUAUAAAUACUUCGAAAUGUUUGAUUGACUAAUUAGGAUAAAAAUUUUUGUAGUUUUUUCCUGAUUCGUUUCGAAGUGUUUAUCAACAAGUUAAAUGGAAUGGACCUCGAAGACGAAUAAAGUUUUCAAUCUAUUUUUUCCACCUCUAUUUGUUUUUUCAUUGUUAUACAUUGUUCAAAGUAUGUAAUUGCAAUACGAAUUUCCGACAGCGUAGUACGGUGGCAAGAACUAAAGUUUCAAACAAG